AUCGAACGAGAACUGUCACGGUCGCAACUGGUUCGGCUUCGAUUUGUUCAUCGCAUAAUCUAACGACACAUUUACGUCAUCUCCUUCUCCCUCCUCUGAAAACCCUAAUUCUGUGUCUGAGAGGGCUUUUGCCUGAAGAUCGAAACAGGACCGGAGACAAGCAACGACUUCUCGAGGACUUUUGUCUCAUUUUUAUGAUAAAAUUCUCGAAGAGGGUUCUUCUGAGAUUCUGCUGGUAUGGGUGCGAGCCGCAAGUUACAGGGUGAGAUCGAUCGGGUGUUGAAGAAGGUUCAGGAGGGUGUUGAUGUCUUUGACAGCAUCUGGAACAAGAGGAAAAAACCUGUUUCUUGAUAUGUUUCUGUUUCAGGUUUAUGACACAGACAAUUUGAACCAAAAGGAGAAGUUUGAGGCGGACUUGAAGAAGGAAAUCAAGAAGCUGCAGCGGUAUAGAGACCAGAUCAAGACAUGGAUCCAGUCCAGUGAAAUCAAAGAUAAGAAAGUCAGUGCAUCAUAUGAGCAGUCGCUGGUUGAUGCUCGCAAGCUCAUUGAGCGUGAAAUGGAAAGGUUUAAGAUCUGUGAGAAAGAGACCAAGACAAAAGCCUUCUCCAAGGAAGGACUGGGCCAGCAACCUAAAACGGACCCAAAAGAGAAAGCAAAGGCAGAAACAAGAGAUUGGUUGAACAAUGUGGUGAGUGAACUCGAGUCCCAGAUUGAUAGUUUUGAAGCUGAGUUGGAAGGGCUGUCCGUCAAAAAAGGAAAGACAAGGCCACCCAGAUUGACACAUUUAGAGACAUCCAUUACAAGGCAUAGGGCUCAUAUAAUAAAGUUGGAAUUGAUCUUGAGGCGUCUGGACAAUGAUGAAUUAAGUCCAGAUCAGGUGAAUGAUGUGAAAGAUUUUCUGGAUGACUAUGUGGAACGAAAUCAGGACGAUUUCGAUGAAUUUAGUGAUGUCGAUGAGCUCUAUAACACAUUGCCAUUAGACAAGGUGGAGGGGCUUGAAGAUUUAGUUAUUGCUGGUCCUCUUGUCAAGGGUACCCCUUUGAGCAUGAAGAACACUUUGGCAGCGUCAGCAUCUCAAGUUCACAGUACGAACUCGUCAGUUCCUCAUCCGAGUACUUCUCAAGAUAAAAUGGAAGACACAACUUCACAGGACAGUAGUUCUGAAGUUGUCGUAAAAACCCCUCCUCCCAAAAGUGGCACAAGCCUUCUAUCUACGGCAUUAGCAUCAGCUGGCGGACGGACAACAUCGAAUGUUCCUGUCCCAUCGAUUUCUAAUUCUACUCAAACUGCCGCAGAAAGCAUGGGAAAUUCAUCAUCAGUGACUGCCAAGGAAGAAGAUGCAGCAACCUUACCUGCUCGCAGACCACCCUCCUCAUCUAUGGCUGAUGCUCCAUUAAGGGGCAUCGGUAGAGGUGGUCCCUCCACACAGGCCCAAACGAGCCUGCCAUCUCCCAGUUCAGUAAAUGGAGCUCGUAGUGUUGCUGCUUCAGCCAGUGAAGUAACAAAGAGAAAUAUCAUGGGAGUUGACGGUCCAAUCCAGCCACUUACUUCACCUCUAAGCAAAAUUGCAUUGCCACAAACUGCCAAGGCUAAUGACGGAACUGUCUCUGAUAGCAAUCCCGGUGAUGCUGCUGCUAGCAUCGGUAGAGCUUUUUCACCCUCUAUUGUCUCCGAUGUGCCGUGGAGGCCUGGAGGUUCAUUCCAGAGCCAGAAUGAAAUGAUCCUUGGGAGAGCCGAGAUAGCUCCAGAUCAAAGAGAGAAAUUUUUACAGAGAUUUCAGCAAGUGCAGCAGGGCAAUGGUAACUUUUUAGGUUUACCUUCGCUUUCCGGAGGUACCGAGAAGCUGUUUUCUUCUCAACAACAAAAUCCUCUCUUGCAGCAGAGCUCGUCAAUGUCGCCCCAUGGUGGCCUGGGAAUUAGUGUUCAGGCACCUGGUUUUAACGUCGUUGGUCAUGCCACCUUACAGCAGCAGUCAAAUGCCAUGUCUCAACAAUCCAGCCAGCCCCUUUCUGUCACAGACAUAGACCGAUCGAGAAAUGAUGAACAGCAGCAGCAAAACUUACCAGAUGAUGUGAAUGGUAAUGAGGAUUAUGCUAAAGUACCGUUUGAUCACCAUCUACAGGCAGGAAUGAUGAGCUCCUCGGCUGCAGAUUCAACACAGGUGGUGGCUAGAGAUGAUCCAGAUUUCUCCCCGGGCUUACCUGUACAACCCAGCCAACCUUCCAGCAGUCUUGGGGUCAUUGGACGUAGAAGUGUUGCUGAUCUCGGGGCCAUUGGUGACAACACCGGCGGCUCAGCAGUGCAUAAUGAUCAGAUGCAUCAUCUUCAGUUGCUUGAGGCAGCCUACUAUAGACUUCCUCAGCCUAAAGAUUCAGAUCCUCCAAGGCAUUAUUCUCCGAGGAACCCGGCUCUAACACCUGCAAGCUACCCUCAAGUACAAGCGCCUAUCAUAAAUAACCCUUUGCUCUGGGAACGUUUUGGAAGUGACGCUUAUGGCAUCGAUACUUUGUUCUUUACAUUCUAUUAUCAGCAGAACACGUAUCAACAAUAUUUGGCUGCGAAAGAGCUUAAGAAACAGGCUUGGAGAUUCCACAGGAAAUAUAACACAUGGUUCCAGAGACAUGAAGAGCCAAAGAUUGCCACCGACGAGUACGAACAGGGCACUUACGUUUACUUUGAUUUCCAUAGCUCCAAAGACGAAAGCCAACAAGGAUGGUGCCAAAGAAUCAAACACGAGUUUGCGUUCGAGUACUGUUAUCUUGAAGACGAACUCUCUGUGUAAGAAAGAUGCACAUAGGCAUGUAGUGUUCGACCAUCCCCUUGUCUCGUUUCAUCUGUUUUGUCUCUAUUUCGAUUUCCCCAUUUGUUUUGGUCUCUGAAGCUCUCUAAUGUUUCAUCUUAGGUAAAAAGUUUUACUAAUUUUAAGUUUAACUUCAACCCUUUUACAUAUUCAUUUUGCAGUAAAUUUUAGAUUAUGUA